UUGUUAAUCAGUACACAAUUUCUUCUGGGCAACUUCCACACGAGUGGACGUAAACCAUCUCCAAGAUUUGUGGAUCACAAGGCAGGAAACUCCACUUGCUCAGGCUCCAAGAACUUGGAUGAUAGGAAUGCUAUACAAUGAUCUAGAAGGUUUUAAGAACGUCAAUGAGACUUUUUUAACGGUUCUAAACAAAUGUGAGGCUGCUUAUGAAUUGACAACAAAUUUAGCCACUUUAGGCAAUUCUCUUACGAAUUCUACUGACAGCUAUUUAAAUCCUAAAGGCUAUAUAAGUUGUCGUCAAGGCUUCCAGUUGUCAACUUGGGCCGUUCAGAUCACUGUCAAUACACCUUCCUAGAAAAGGGCUGCAGAGGCCCAAGUCCAAGCUACCUGUGAAAAAAUAACCAAUUCCCCUGUGAGAUCUGUGAUUUAGACAAAAAAAGUACAGCUACCCAUCCCAGUGAUUCAAAUCUCAAGAAAGCUAAGAAAUUCUUUCACCUGCCGCCUUUCAAACUCCCUCCUUUUGCAUUGUCAAAUGACAGCAAGAAAUCAAAUCUCCUCUGCCAUACAAGUAUAUAUAUGUCAGCUGAAUCCCCCACAACGAGCAAAUCUCCUUUAUACAUUCCAGGUCAAGAGAUUACAUGUACAUUGCCCAUAUCAGGCGUAUGAUCUCUUAGCAUCCCCUCAGCUUUACAACUCCUCAAAGCUCUAUGAGCUUUUGAACUUCAGUCCUCUUCUUACAUCUAGAAGCGGAACAAUUUUUGGCUCUUGAGAGUAUACUGACAUGGAUUCAGAUCAGAAAGCUACAGUAGAGAUGAUGAAAGAUAGCUAUGGACUAGACCACGUAUUAUUGAGGGAGCCUCGUGGAGCUUCUGCGAGGGUAUACUUGUUUGGAGGUCAGGUGACUUCCUGGAAGAAUGAACGACAGGAGGAAUUAUUGUUUAUGAGUAGUAAGGCCCUAUUCAAGCCACCAAAAGCGAUAAGAGGAGGGAUUCCAAUUUGCUUUCCUCAGUUUGGAAACUCUGGAUCACUAGAACAACAUGGUUUUGCAAGGAAUAAAUUUUGGACCAUUGAUAAUAAUCCUCCACCUCUUCCUGCCAAUGAUUACCACAACAAGGCUAUUGUGGAUCUGAUUCUCAAAUCUAAUGACGAUGAUUUGAAGAGUUGGCCAUACUGUUUCGAAUUACGUCUUAGAGUUGCACUUGCUCCUGGCGGGGAUCUUACAUUGAUAUCACGUAUCAGGAAUAUAGACAGCAAGUCCUUUACUUUCUCUUUUGCUUAUCACACUUAUUUUUGUGUGUCUGAUAUUAGUGAAGUACGGAUAGAAGGCUUGGAAACAUUGGAUUAUCUGGACAACUUGCAGGACAAAGAACGCUUCACUGAACAAAGUGACGCUAUUACAUUUGAAUCUGAGGUGGAUAGAGUUUAUCUUAGCACCCCAACAAAAAUUGCAAUACUUGACCAUGAGAAGAAGAGGACAUUUGUUUUGAGGAAGGACGGCCUUCCUGAUGCAGUUGUUUGGAAUCCCUGGGAAAAGAAAGCUAAAGCCAUAGUGGACUUUGGAGAUGAUGAAUACAAACACAUGUUGUGCGUUGAUGGUGCAGCCAUAGAAAAGCCCAUAACUUUAAGGCCAGGCGAAGAAUGGAAAGGUCGCAUUGAAUUAUCUGCAGUAGCAUCCAGUUAUUGCAGUGGACAAUUAGAUCCUCAGAGAGUAUUAGAAGGUUGAGAGAAACAUACAGUAAAAGAUCUACCACACUAUGGUCCUAUUAAUUUUAUCUGUACGAAAUUAUUAAUGACCAUUCAUUCAGUUGGUUGUGAGUACCUUCAAAAAACAUGUUACAUAUCAAGAUCUAAUGAAUGCAUUAAUUUUUUCUAUAGAA